ACUACCUGAACUUGAUUUAUAAGCUCCUCAUCGCCUCUCUUCACUCUCUCGCUCUUAUUCCUCUCAGUGUUCUCCAGUCCAGAGUCCUCUCCUUCUCUCUCUUUCCCUGCAUCUCGUUAUUGAUUUUACUGAAUAGAAUGGGUAAGGAGAAGGUUCACAUUAACAUUGUGGUCAUUGGCCACGUCGACUCUGGUAAGUCGACCACUACUGGUCACUUGAUCUACAAGCUUGGAGGAAUUGACAAGCGUGUUAUUGAGAGGUUUGAGAAAGAAGCUGCUGAAAUGAACAAGAGGUCAUUCAAGUAUGCCUGGGUGCUUGACAAGCUCAAAGCUGAGAGGGAGCGUGGUAUCACCAUUGACAUUGCCUUGUGGAAAUUUGAGACCACAAAGUACUACUGCACUGUCAUUGAUGCCCCUGGACAUCGUGACUUUAUCAAAAACAUGAUUACUGGUACCUCACAGGCAGACUGUGCUGUCCUCAUCAUUGACUCCACCACUGGUGGUUUUGAGGCUGGUAUUUCCAAGGAUGGACAGACCCGUGAGCAUGCUUUGCUUGCUUUCACCCUUGGUGUGAGGCAAAUGAUUUGCUGCUGUAACAAGAUGGAUGCCACCACCCCCAAAUACUCUAAGGCUAGGUAUGAUGAAAUUGUGAAGGAAGUGUCAUCCUACAUGAAGAAGGUGGGAUACAACCCUGAAAAGAUUCCAUUUGUUCCCAUCUCUGGUUUUGAGGGUGACAACAUGAUUGAGAGGUCAACCAACCUUGACUGGUACAAGGGACCAACUCUUCUUGAGGCUCUUGACAUGAUCCACGAGCCCAAGAGGCCAUCUGACAAGCCCCUCCGACUUCCACUUCAGGAUGUGUACAAGAUUGGUGGUAUUGGUACUGUGCCUGUGGGUCGUGUGGAGACUGGUAUCCUGAAGCCGGGUAUGGUUGUUACAUUCGGACCUUCUGGUCUUACCACUGAAGUUAAGUCAGUUGAAAUGCACCACGAAGCCCUUCAGGAGGCACUUCCCGGUGACAAUGUUGGGUUCAAUGUGAAGAACGUUGCUGUGAAGGAUCUUAAGCGUGGUUAUGUUGCCUCUAACUCCAAGGAUGACCCAGCCAAAGGAGCUGCUAGCUUCACCUCUCAGGUCAUCAUCAUGAACCACCCUGGACAGAUCGGUAAUGGAUAUGCUCCGGUGCUGGACUGCCACACCUCCCACAUUGCAGUCAAGUUUGCUGAGCUUUUGACCAAGAUUGAUAGACGUUCUGGUAAGGAGCUGGAGAAGGAGCCCAAGUUCCUGAAGAAUGGUGAUGCUGGUAUGGUGAAGAUGAUUCCCACCAAGCCCAUGGUUGUUGAAACCUUCUCUGAGUACCCACCACUUGGUCGUUUUGCUGUGAGGGACAUGCGUCAAACAGUUGCAGUUGGUGUUAUCAAGAAUGUUGACAAGAAGGACCCAACUGGUGCCAAGGUCACCAAGGCUGCUCAGAAGAAGAAGUGAGCAUGUGUUGCUAUUGAAUAUCUCUUCUUUAAAGGACUAUCUUUUUUAUCUGCUUUUGUUAUUUAAAUUUUGAUAAACUUUUUAAGACUUUCUGAUAUAGCCCUUUUAAAGACUUUAUUAUAUGGCUCUAGUUACUCAUUCCAUUGUGCCCUGCCUUGCAACCAAUAAUUCUUAUAGUGGGAGCAAUUUUGUGUUUACUUGGUUGCUUAACGGGCAGUGAUGGAAGCUUAUCUGGAUGCCAUUUAUUUAUACUCAUUUACUGUUUUAGAUAUGUGCAGACUUUUGUUGGUAAAAACAGUUUCAAUUAAGUGUGCAAUUAUUCCAACUCUGGUUUUGUACUUUUUAUUAUGGUUCUCUGGAAUUGUUUUUCGAA